AUGUCGCUCACGUCGCGGGAAAUCCGCAUGAUUGCGUUGCUGAUUAUCGACACUUGCUUCUUCCUGCUUGAAGCCAUUGUUGGUUAUGCCGUUCAUUCACUCGCCCUUGUGGCCGACUCGUUCCACAUGCUUAACGACGUCUUCUCGCUGAUCAUCGCCCUCUGGGCCGUUCGAGUAGCCAAGUCUCGAGGAGCCGACUCCAAGUACACCUACGGCUGGCAGCGAGCCGAGAUUCUCGGAGCUCUGGCCAACGCCGUCUUCCUGCUGGCUCUGUGUCUGACCAUUCUGCUGGAGGCCAUCCAACGUCUUUUCGAGCCCCAAAUCAUCACCAACCCCAAGCUCAUCGCCGUUGUCGGUACCGCCGGUCUGUGUUCCAACAUUGUCGGACUACUGCUGUUCCACGAGCACGGCCACGCCGGACACAGCCACGGACAUGACCACGAUCACGAUCACGACCACGCCCACGACGAGGAGGAGGCUGUCGACACUGUGCUUGCCUCUCAGUUCACCGCGCCCACCGAGCAGACCUCUCUGCUCCAGCACCCCACUUCCCACCGACGAUCCAUCUCCAACAUUGACUCGUCCGAACAUGCUACACACUUCCACGCCAAGAAGAAGAAUGAGCAGAAGAAGAAGGUCUCUCUCAACAUGCAGGGCGUCUUCCUGCACGUUAUGGGCGAUGCUCUUGGAAACAUUGGUGUCAUUGCCACCGCCUUCUUCAUCUGGAAGACCGACUACUCAUGGAAGUACUACGCUGAUCCCGUCAUCUCUCUCGUUAUCACUGUCAUCAUCUUCUCCUCGGCUCUGCCUCUCUGUCGAUCCACCUCUUCCAUUCUGCUUCAAGCCGUUCCCCAGAACAUCAACGCGGAGGACGUCAAGAACGAAAUUGUGGCUCUCGACGGUGUCGAGGAGCUGCACGACCUGCACAUCUGGAUCCUCAAGGAAGACACCUUCGUCGCCACUCUGCAUGUCGGCGUGGCCUCCGACCCUUCUGAGUUCAUGACUCUGUCUAAUGACAUCAAGAAGAUUUUCCACGAACACGGCAUCAACUCAGUCACCAUCCAGCCUGAGUUCAAUGUUGCCACUGGUAGCACCACUCCCGACAAGCACCAGUAUCACGUUUCCGUCGGAGGCCUGAGAUCCGCCAACUCCAACGGCUGUCUCGCUCCCCAGUAA